GUCUAUGGAUUUGAUUUCGUGGCCUGCGACAAUCGGGACUGUUACCCAAGACAUACGUUAUUCAUCAUUUGCGCCCCGUGGCGCAGUGGUCAGCGCAGUACUGGUCGUUGGCAGCACACUCCCACUCUGUGUCGUUGACAGCACGCACGCAUUAUAUACGAAAGUAAUCGCACAUGAAAUCAAAGGCCCCGUGGCGCAGUGGUCAGCGCAUUACUGGCUGUUGGCAGCACUCCCACUC